CGCAUCCGAGUGCUCUGUGUUCUCCCCAGAUCGUACUUUGACAUAUGGCACCAUCCUUAUCUGUACAAUACACAAUGGACCACACAUAAUAGUUAUUUUAAAAAAAGUGGUGAUUUUAGUUGAUUAUCGAACGGAGAAACGACAAGGAUAUUGUUAUAAGUCAUGGAAGCUUUAAGAGAAACCCUUGAUGAACACGAUGAAAAAAGUGUGGAUAAUCCAGUUUAUUUGGCUGUAACGGACAACGUGCCACACAAUCUAAACCUGGAUUUAGAAAACCCGAACAAUCCUAAAAACACAUAUUUAACACCCAGUUCUACGACAGAAUUAGAACCCAAAGUUCAUGUUUAUAAGGUGUACAAACGAAGGUGGCUGAUUCUGGGUAUAUUCGUUUUAUAUUCGGCUGCAAAUGCAUUGCAAUGGAUUCAAUACUCGAUUAUAGCAAAUAUUGUACAAAAGUAUUAUGGGAUAUCAAGUACUCUAGUCGAUUGGACCUCGAUGAUUUAUAUGAUUGUAUAUAUACCUCUAAUCUUUCCUGCUAGUUGGCUGCUUGAUAAAAUGGGUCUCCGCGUAGCAGCUACAUUAGGAGCAUGUGGAACAUGUUUAGGCGCUGUGAUAAAAUGCUUUUCCGUCUCUCCAAACAUGUUCUGGCUAGGCUUUAUUGGACAAUCAACCACUGCUGUAUCGCAG